GGGAUGAGAUGGCCCCUCGGGAUGGGGCAGCAGGACUAUCUGCAGCAGUCCGGGCACUGGCGUUGGGAGUGGUGGGGACAGUACUAGCCCUUGGGACUGUGCUGCUGCUCCGGACUGCCACAUUCCCGGGUCCAGAUGAACUGUCAGGCUGGGGGCAGGCAGGGACAUCCCGGAUCCCUGCCCAGUUCAGCGAAACCGAACGGACAGCGAUGAAAGAGGCGCUGAAAGAAGUAAUUCGGAUGCCUACAGUGUCCUUCAGCUCUGAAAACAUCAACACCACAGCCCUGGCUGAGUUUGGGCAAUUCCUUCCGAAAGUUUUCCCCUCCAUUUUCUCCACUAGCUUCAUCCAACAUGAGGUUGUGGAAGAAUACAGCCACCUCUUCACCAUCCGUGGGUCAAAUCCCAAGUUGGAGCCCUACAUGCUACUUGCUCACAUUGAUGUUGUACCUGCACCUGAAGAUGGCUGGGAGGUGCCACCCUUCUCUGGGCUGGAGCGUGAUGGUUUCAUCUAUGGCCGGGGCACACUGGACAACAAAAACUCCGUUAUGGCAAUCCUUCAAGCCAUGGAACUGCUGCUAAGAAGAAACUAUGUCCCUCAAAGAUCUUUCUACAUCUCCCUAGGACAUGAUGAGGAGGUGUCUGGGGAACAUGGCGCACAGAAGAUUGCAGCUCUACUAGAAUCACGAGGUAUUCGACUUUCCUUCAUCAUAGACGAAGGAGGCUACAUCUUGGAUGGUUUUUUCCCUGGUGUUGAGAAGCCCUUUGCAGUGAUCUCAGUGUCAGAGAAAGGUGGCUUGAACCUCAGGCUACAAGUAGACUCUGCUCCUGGCCAUUCAUCAGCCCCACCAAAGGAGACAAGUAUUGGCAUCCUCGCAGCAGCUGUCAGCCGGCUGGAGAAGACACCAAUGCCUAACAUGUUUGGAGACGGGCCUGAAAAGAGCUUGUUGGAGCAACUAGCCGGACAGUUUAGCUUCCCUUUGAAUGUCAUCCUGACCAACCUAUGGAUAUUUGGACCUAUCAUGAAAAGAGUACUUGAGAAAAGUCCCAUCACCAAUGCAAUGAUCCGAACCACUGUGGCACUCACCAUGUUCAAUGCAGGGAUUAAGGUAAAUGUCGUCCCCGCAACAGCCCAGGCAACAGUCAAUCUUCGGAUACAUCCAGCCCAGACUGUCCCUGAGGUGCUGGAGAUUAUCCAGAAUACUGUGGCUGAUGACCGAGUCAAGUAUCAAGUGCUCUCUGCCUUUAACCCCCUCCCCAUGAGUCCCUAUGACAGUGAUGCCUUUGGCUACCAACUUCUCAGAAGGACCAUAAGAGAUGUCUUCCCAGAAGUCACUGCUGUUGUCCCAGGAACUUGUAUUGGCAACACUGAUGUCCGACACUAUGCUAACAUCUCCACAGGCCUCUAUCGAUUUAAUCCUGUCAUUUUACAGCCACAGGGCUUCAAAAGUUUCCAUGGCUUAAAUGAGAAGAUCUCCAUCCAAGCCUAUGAGACCCAGGUAAUGUUCCUGUUUGAACUGAUCCAGAAUGCAGAUGUUGAGAAGGUCCCUGUACCCCAUUCUGCCACCCAUGAGCUGUGAAAGGAAGGUGACUAUCUCCAUCCAUCUGGAUACUAAGCCUUCCUCCAAAGUGGCCAGCCUCUAAGCUGGGAUGGGGAGGGAGAGGUGUGAACAUUAUUUUACAGAAGACUUUUGGACUAACUCAUGAGAGAUCACCUUCCUACCACAACUUCAGAUUUGUCCAUGAGCAGAGGGUCAGUGAUGGAGAGGAGAGACGAAAAGAGGCAGUGAUUGCCUAAUCCCCAAGAUCUCCUGCCCCAUUUGCUCACCCACCAUCACCACCAUGGAGUAUGCCUCUCCCAGAUCCCUUUGCUGAUUUUCAAGCCUGGGCACCUGAGUUAGCAAAGGGCAAUCUUAAAACUCAAAGUCAAAUAUUUUUUCUAUGGAAAAUGUUCAUUUGUAGGCAUUAAUACUUAGCCCUUUAUACACAACUUCUAUUAUAUCCUUUCCUCUGUCGUUCUGACCCCAAGAUCCCCAGUUUCUGACUCUCUCAUACUUUCCUCCCCCCACGCUCUCUCUGCCUCUCUAUCUCUCUGCC